AACUGAGCCAGUGCUAGCUGAGCUGAGCCAAGCCAAGUUCAGAAAGAGGGUGCGUAACUGAAAGUGCGAUGACGUCCGAAGUGGAAGAGAUAUUCAAGAAACUGAAAGACCAGGACGGAGUCGUCGGAGUAGUAGUCACCACGUCUGAAGGAGCGCCCAUCAAAACAUCAUUUGACAAUGUAACAACAAUGCAAUAUGCCACCCUUGUGACACGGCUGUGUGAGCAGGCACGAAGCACCCUGCGGGACCUAGAACCUGGAAACGACUUGACAUUCCUCAGGAUGCGGACCAAAAAGCAUGAAAUCAUGAUAUCGCCAGAUAAGAACUAUUUCUUGGUUGUGGUUCAGAAUCCAUCUGGAUGAAUAAAAGAUGACAGA